AUGCAGUCUUCCCGCGCGCCCGCGCCGGGCUCGCAUACCAAUGGUCAUGCCCCCGACCAUGGGUGGAAUCCCGGCCGCGGAACCGGGGACCCCUCAUUCCCCGAACAGAUUCUCCCCCAUGUCCCUGUACUUUUCGUCCCUCCCCUGCGGCAGAUCCCCAUCUCUGAACCUGACCACCUUCCAUCUCCCGAAUACGUAGGUAGUGUAAGCCACGUAUGGGCGCCGUCGAACACAGAAUCGUGGCGCCUACACGAAUCUCCAGAUCUCUUAUCCUUGACGGCACCAUCUGAUCAUCCCGAUUCAGUAAUAAUGAUUCCAAGCAGUAUGUCACUAUGCCGUCCACCUAUCACGGCAUACCAUGCUUCGAACCCUCGAUACGGGACUGCAUCAACGUCCUGCCCAACAUCUUGGUCCCUCGCCCGGUAUCUGCCAUGCGAUUCUCGUUCGACCAAGGACUUGGCGUGCCACGCCUUCAACGUCUCCCGGCACCCUUCAUCCCAGUCGUUCCUCAUAUCCUCCUGGUUCGCCUCCCAGUCUGAUUCACAACAGAAAACUGUGCGUGGCAAUGACAUGGUGUAUUGCCGAUCUUCAGAUGCAGGUUGGCACGUGGAUAGAGACAUUGUUUGGGUCCACGUUUGCCCGCCAGCCAGCCACGUCAGAAGCCGUUCAUCUACGGACGUACCCGCGCAUCGAUCCAGCGGGUACUAUCGAAAACAAAAUUCCAUUACUGACUCGAUCGAACCUGCUCGGGACGUCAUCAGAGAAGUCAAAUACAUGGCUUCUAUCCCGGAGCUUACCGUCCUCCCGUUCAUAGCUUCCUUUCGUUUCCUUUCUUUUCGAUAUCAAAUCUGGCCGCCCCCUUUCCACUUCAUUUCCCCCUACUACCCUGGUAGACUACCAAGCACUUUAGAUCGGACGCCGUCUAACGGGAGCUUCCGUCCUGUCAAACCUUUUCCAUACAUGUUGAGCCUCAGCCCAACCGCCUCCUUGCCUCAAGAGACAGAUGAUCUUGAACUGCUUCAGGCCAUCGUAACCGAUUUCAUGUAUCAGCCACCUUGA